AAAAAAGAAUUUAGUUAUUAAAAAAAAUACCAAAAUCAAAAACCUCAAAGCUCUCUCUCCCUCUCUCCUCUGCUCUCUCUGUCUCUCUCUUUUCCGUUUGACUCCAUAACUAUUUUAACUGUAUCUCAUUGAAACAACCACUCUGCGUCACUUCCAUUUUAACAUUCAAAACUCUUUAAUUGACUCCAAAACCAAAAAAAACCCAUCUUCCAUUUGAUCUGAUAACACAAUUCUGUUGUACUUCCGGGAGAGAAAUUUGAACUUUCUCUCGAAACAAAUAUAAAGCUGGAAUUUUGCCGAAGCUGGAUUGGAGGAUGAGGCGGAGACCAAUGGAUUUUCGAAGGCCGGUUAGGCGGAGAUUGUCCAAUGUGGUGUGGUGGACACUUUGUGGUAUAGUGGUUUUGAUCUUUAUUAUCAUUUUUAGCAAAGAGGGUCAGAUUGAAUCCAAACGCGUCCAUACCAAGCAAAAACCUUACAGUCAUGACAGAAUUAUGGAAGGACUAAACAUUACUGAUGAAAUGCUGAGCCCCAACUCAGUCACCAGACAACUUAGUGACCAAAUCUCUCUUGCAAAGUCUUUUGUUGUGAUUGCAAAAGAAAGCAACAAUCUGCAAUUUGCUUGGGAAUUAAGUGCCCAAAUCCGGAAUUCACAGGUCCUGCUUUCUAAUGCUGCGACAAGACGUGCUCCAUUAACAACCAGAGAAUCAGAAACUGCAAUCCGUGAUAUGGCGCUUUUGCUCUACCAAGCCCAACAGCUUCAUUAUGAUAGUGCAACUAUGAUAAUGAGACUGAAAGCCAAAUUCCAAGCUCUUGAAGAACAAAUGAGUUCUGUGACUGAAAAAAGUUCGAAGUAUGGACAAAUAGCUGCUGAGGAAGUUCCAAAAGGUCUUUACUGCCUUGGAAUUCGACUAACCACUGAAUGGUUUGGAAAUUUAAAUGUCCAGAGGAAAAUCAAGGAAAGAGCGCACAUGGAAUCAAAACUGAGAGAUAACAAUCUCUAUCAUUUUUGUGUCUUCUCCGACAACAUCCUUGCAACUUCAGUUGUAGUCAAUUCAACUGCAUUAAAUUCCAAAAAUCCAAAUAUGGUUGUCUUUCAUCUUGUAACUGAUGAAAUAAAUUAUGCUGCCAUGAAGGCUUGGUUUGCCAUGAACAAUUUUAGAGGAGUGACUGUUGAGGUUCAAAAGUUUGAAGACUUUAAGUGGUUGAAUGCUUCUUAUGUUCCAGUUCUUAAGCAGCUUCAAGACUCUGAAACUCAAAGCUAUUACUUUUCAGGCCACACUGAUGAUGGCCGGACUCCAAUCAAGUUUCGGAACCCAAAAUACUUGUCUAUGCUAAAUCACCUCAGAUUUUAUAUUCCUGAAGUUUUUCCUGCCCUAAAGAAGGUUGUAUUUCUUGAUGAUGAUGUAGUGGUUCAGAAGGAUUUGUCAGCUCUAUUUUCAAUUGAUUUGAAUGGCAAUGUCAAUGGAGCAGUCGAGACCUGCAUGGAGACAUUUCACCGGUAUCAUAAGUACCUGAAUUAUUCUCACCCUCUCAUACGAGAGCAUUUUGAUCCUGAUGCAUGUGGUUGGGCAUUCGGGAUGAAUAUAUUUGAUUUGGUUGAGUGGAGGAAAAGAAAUGUAACCAACAUCUACCAUUAUUGGCAAGAAAGGAAUGUAGACCGGACACUUUGGAAACUUGGGACUUUGCCGCCCGGACUUUUGACUUUCUAUGGGUUGACAGAGCCUUUAGAUCCCUCAUGGCAUGUGUUGGGUUUAGGGUACACAAAUGUUGAUCCUCACUUGAUCGAGAAGGGGGCAGUGUUGCACUACAAUGGAAACUCAAAGCCAUGGUUGAAGAUUGGCAUGGAAAAGUACAAGCCUCUAUGGGAGAAGUACGUAGAUUACUCUCAUCCUCUAUUGCAACAGUGCAAUUUUCACUGAUUCCGGACAAGGGAAGCUACAGAUUUCCCCUGGUGCAUAAGAGUAUCCAAAUUUUGGGAGUCAAAGUAUGCUUGGACAGUUUUUACAAGAUCAAGCAUGGCUGGUGGUUGUAAAAGUCCCUGUUGUAGCAAAUUUCACAAUUAUUGAGGAUUCUCUAUUGACCAAGAUUUUUUAGUCUAUACUUUUGUAGACUUGAGUUGUAGCCAAUCUUCUUUUCACUUAUGUUGCUUAGCUUCUAUCAAAGUUUACUCUUCUUGACAUAUAUGGAUGUUGCAAAAUUGUUCAACGUAAGUGUCAAGUUCUUUUUUAUGAUGUUCAGCAAACACAUGUAUUUUUUCAGCCAGAAAUAGAAAAUGGGUUUUCAUGGGA